AUGGCGGAGGAUCAACAAGCACAGUUGACCGAGAUCCGACAGGAUACCCACACUCAGUUCACUGAGAUCCGUGAGAUGCUGCAGGAGAUGACUCUACAAAUCCGCCAAAGGCCAGGGAGGGUUGAUGAGGAUCGCGCGUUGGGAUUUGCCCAUCGCCAACCUCGCAACCAGGAUCGGAAUCGUGCCGGAGGAUUUGCUCGAGGCGCAACCGGUCGUCGUCAGAUGGUAAUACAUGAUGCUGAGAGUGAAGAAUUCGAACCUGAGGAUAAUGAAGAACAAGAAGACCGUCCCGUCGGGCGACAACAACACCGGUUCGAUGAUUAUCGCAUGAAGGUGGACCUUCCCACGUUCAAUGGUAAUUUACAGAUGGAGGAGUUUCUUGACUGGGUUUCAGAGGUUGAGAGGUUCCUUAAUAUGAUGGAGGUUCCCGAGUCGAAGCAAGUAAAGAUGGUCGCUUAUAAACUAAAGAGCGGCGCUGCAGUUUGGUGGGACCAAUUGCAGGCGAGACGACGGAGGCAAGGAAAAGAGUCUGUGACAACAUGGCGCAGAAUGAAACAGCUUAUGAUGGAGAGGUUUUUGCCGUCUGACUAUGACCAACAUCUGUUCCGAUCAUACCAGAACUGUUCGCAAGGAUCUAGGUCUGUUUUUGAUUACACGACUGAAUUCAAUCGACUCUCAGAACGUAAUAAUCUGAGUGAGACUGAAGGUCAGCGCGUAGCGAGGUACAUGAACGGGUUGAAGCCCACAAUUCAGGAAAGGAUAGGAUUGCAGCCUGUUUGGAAAGUUGACGACGCCCUUAACUUAGCGAUUAAGGCCGAACAGCUGGAGCGUAAACCAGCCAAUUCAGGGUACCGUCGAGAGUCGUUUGUUCCUGCUGCUGAUAAGGGAAAAGAGAAACAGCCAACAGUGCCUGCUUUUCAACCUAAGGUUACAGUUGGUGGUGGUUCUAAAUUUGGAGGAGCUAAUCAAGCAGGUAGCUCCAAUAACAGAAACGUAACUAAAGCCCCUAAUCCAUAUGCCAAGCCAUUUGGGGAUAAGUGUUUUCGGUGUAGCAAGCCUGGACACCGCUCCAAUGAGUGUCCAGAUCGGAAGGUGGGCCUGGUAGAAGAGGGUGGCGAAGAAGAUGGGCCUGAAGAGGAUUGGCCAGAAGAAAAUUCUUAUGAUGUAGAUUAUGCAGAGGAGGACGGGGAACGAGUGAAUUGUGUGGUGCAACGGGUGUUAUUCGCGCCGAGAGCAGAAGGUUCCAAUCAGCGUCAUAACAUCUUUCGAUCAAGCUGCUCCAUCAAUCAGAAAGUAUGUGACUUGAUCGUGGACAGUGGGAGUUGUGAGAGUUUUGUGGCAAAAAGACUGGUGGACCAUCUGAAGUUACCAACCGAACCUCAUCCCUCUCCAUAUAGCAUCGGUUGGAUAAAGAAAGGCCCUACGGUGAAGGUAACUGAAAUCUGUAAACUUCCUCUUUCAAUUGGGAAAAUUUAUAGAUCUGAAGUUAUCUGUGAUGUAAUUGAGAUGGAUGCUAGCCAUGUACUGUUAGGUAGCCAUGUACUGUUAGGUAGACCUUGGCAGUUUGAUGUUGAUAUUGUUUAUAAGGGUCGUGAUAAUACUUAUAGUUUUAAUUGGGAGUCACGUAAGGUUGUUAUGGCUCCUUCCAUUCAUAAAGAGCCUAUCAAACCCCCUAAAAUAGAGGGGUCUUCGUUUCUAACAAUUGCUACUUCCGAAGCUGAGUUUGUGACAGAUUUCAAGGAGUCGGAACAUGUUUAUGCUAUGGUGGUGAAGUCUCUGGUUGUGGAGGAAAGGGACAAAGCAAAGAUUCUGAUAGUUCCUGUACCUAAAAAGAUACAGCCAUUAUUGGAGGAAUUUGAGGAGCUUGUUACUGAAGAUGUGCCUAAUGAGCUCCCUCCAAUGAGAGAUAUUCAGCAUGCGAUUGAUUUGGUGCCUGGGGCAAGUCUGCCCAACCUACCACAUUAUCGGAUGAGUCCGAAGGAAAAUGAGAUUCUGAGGGAGAAAGUAGAGGAGUUGUUGCAGAAGGGGCACAUUCGGGAGAGUUUGAGUCCAUGUGGUGUUCCAGCCUUGUUGACGCCAAAGAAAGAUGGGAGUUGGCGUAUGUGCGUGGACAGUCGGGCCAUCAACAAAAUAACCAUCAAGUAUAGAUUUCCAAUUCCUCGCCUGGAUGAUAUGCUUGAUAUGUUGGAUGGGUCGAAGUGGUUUUCGAAGAUUGAUUUGCGGAGCGGGUACCAUUAG